AUGGCUUCAUCCAGAUCUGCAGUUGUCCGCCUGCAGCGCAGUCUGGUGAGGCGACAAUCUCCCAGAGUCCUGCCCUCUUUCUCCCCACUGCGACAGGGAGGAUUGAGCUUCACAAGACCCCGCGGGCAAUUAUCUGCGAGCAAGAGAAUUCUACAGCAACGCGCGUUUUCCGUUUCGGUUGCUAGAAGACUUGCCACACCGGACGAGACUUUUGAUCCAAACACAAUUGACAGAGAAAGUGACGAGGUCGACGUGUGUAUAGUUGGAGGAGGUCCUGCUGGAUUGAGUGCGGCAAUCAGAUUAAAGCAACUCGCAAAUGAAGCUGGAAAUGAAGAAUUCCGAGUAUUGGUCCUGGAGAAGGCGGGGGAGAUUGGAGCACAUAUACUGUCUGGGGCGGUGAUAGAACCUGGUGCAAUUAACGAAUUGAUCCCGAAUUGGCUCGCCGAGGACAAUGAGAACAGAUUCGAUGGAACCACGGCAACUGGAAGCGACAAGAUGCGAUUCCUCACUAAAUCGAGUGCGAUACCUAUUCCCGCGCCACCGCAGAUGCAUAACAAGGGAAAUUAUAUUGUUAGUUUGAAUCAAUUCACAAGUUGGCUUGGUGAGAGAGCUGAAGAGGUCGGGGUAGAGGUAUAUGCUGGAUUUGCCGCUUCGGAAGUGCUUUAUAGAACAGAUGGUUCAGUUAAAGGAGUGGCGACAAAUGAUUUGGGAAUCUCGAGACAAGGAAAGGCAAAAGACAGUUUUGAGAGAGGAAUGGAAUUCCAUGCGAGAACGACGCUCUUCGCUGAAGGAUGCCAUGGAAGUCUUACGAAGCAGGUUAUCAAAAAAUUCGAUUUACGGAGCGAAUCGCAGCCACAAACUUAUGGACUUGGCAUAAAAGAGGUGUGGGAAGUAGAACCCGAGAAGCACAAGAAGGGAGAAAUCACACAUUCGAUGGGAUAUCCUCUGCCGGCCGACACAUAUGGUGGUGGUUGGAUGUACCAUUUUGGUGAAAACCUCGUUAGUAUUGGUCUCGUUGUUGGACUCGACUAUCCAAAUCCUUGGUUGUCACCUUAUGGGGAGUUUCAAAAAAUGAAGCAACAUCCACUAUACAAAUCCGUUCUUGAAGGUGGAAAGUGCAUCUCAUAUGGUGCGAGAGCUCUGAAUGAAGGAGGCUUCCAGUCGAUACCCAAAGUCGCAUUUCCAGGUGGGGCUUUGAUUGGAGACACUGCUGGAUUUCUCAACGUCCCAAAAAUCAAGGGUACGCAUACUGCGAUGAAGUCUGGAAUGCUUGCGGCCGAGGCUACAUGGACGGCACUGAGCAGUAGCGACUCUGGUACAAUUUUCCUUUACGACUAUGAGGACUCACUCCGGAAAUCCAGUAUCUGGAAAGAGCUCAAAGAAGUCCGAAACAUGCGACCCUCAUUCCACUCACCCCUCAAACUCUACGGCGGUGUCUUAUAUUCCGGUCUCGAAGCCUUCAUUCUGAAAGGCAAAGUACCAUGGACAUUGAAGCAUAAAGGCACAGACUACGACGCCACCGGCGCCGCAGACAGCUACCCAAAGAUCGAAUACGAGAAGCCGGAUGGCAAAAUCACCUUCGACAUCCUAACCAGCGUCAGUCGCACUGGGACGAAUCACGAGGAAGAUCAGCCAGUCCACUUGCGCGUUCCAGAUUGGGAUAAACAUGCCCAGGAAGAGUGGCCUAAGUAUAAGGGUAUCGAGAAUCGUUUCUGUCCGGCGGGUGUGUAUGAGUAUGUUGAGGAUGAGAGUAAGGAUAUCGGCGUGAGGUUUCAGAUUAAUGCUCAGAAUUGCAUCCACUGCAAGACUUGUGAUAUCAAGGUGCCGAAUCAGAAUAUCAAUUGGACUACACCGCAGGGUGGUGAGGGUCCGAAGUAUUUUAUGACGUAG